GCUGUGCGGCGCUGAGUUACUGAGGAAAGCGCUGGGAGAGCUCGGUUCUGCGGGCUGAACACUACAGUGCCCUUCGCCUGCACACUGACAACAACUUAACGGAGCUAUCGUCUAUUUAUAUCGGUAAAAAUGUCCACUACGACCGGCGGCGGGGAGUUCGGCAAUCCUCUGCGGAAAUUUAAGCUUGUGUUCCUGGGCGAGCAGAGCGUUGGGAAGACUUCUCUAAUCACCAGGUUCAUGUAUGACAGCUUCGAUAACACCUACCAGGCAACAAUUGGCAUAGACUUUCUAUCAAAAACCAUGUAUUUGGAGGAUCGUACGGUUCGGCUGCAGCUGUGGGACACUGCAGGGCAGGAGCGCUUCCGUAGCCUCAUCCCCAGCUACAUCCGCGACUCCACUAUCGCUGUGGUGGUCUAUGACAUUACCAAUCUUAACUCCUUCCAGCAAACUUCUAAAUGGAUAGAUGAUGUCAGAACGGAGAGGGGAAGUGAUGUCAUUAUCAUGCUGGUUGGCAACAAAACAGACUUGGCCGAUAAAAGACAGAUCACCACGGAGGAGGGCGAGCAGAGGGCUAAGGAACUGAAUGUCAUGUUCAUUGAAACCAGUGCAAAGACUGGCUACAAUGUCAAACAGCUGUUCCGACGUGUUGCGGCAGCCUUGCCUGGGAUGGAUAGCACACCAGAGAAAAGCAAAGAGGACAUGAUCGAUAUCAAACUGGAGAAGCCUCCAGAACUGCCUGUGACCGAGAGCAGCUGCUCCUGCUAGUGACCACUCCCAGACCCCCCACCAGCCCUGCCUCCUCCCCACCAACAGCUUGUCUCUCAGUGGCCACUCGCUCCUCUCGGUGGCCCUGUGCCAUUAGUUGGAGCACCUUUUAUUUCCCCCUCGACUCAGUGACUUUUCGGAGUAACCGUGUGGAUGUGCUAUUACUCUGUAUUAAAACAGAUUAUCAAAAAAUGAUAUAAAUAUAUAUAUGUUAAAGGGAAAAAAAACGAAAUCACUGCAUAGGUUAAAUGCUCAUCGGAUUCUCAUCUACUCUGACUGCAUGGCAUUAUAUAGGAUUGCAGACUGACACGGCUCAAUCGCUCUUGAGUUCUUGCACCUUUUGGGCAUCAGUGCUGUCACACUCAUCGUUGUGAUAUUUCUUUUACUGUUUGUUAAUUUGUUUGUUUGUUUGAGAUUCUCUGAACUCUGAAUUAUGUUGGACCAAGGUCACAUAACUGGAUGCCUUGCCGUUUAGUUUUAGCGGAGGUGGUGGAGUACAGAGAGGAGUGGCGAGAGACGCCGGUGAGAUAGCGUGUUGUGUAUGUACUGAGGAACUGUGGUUACUGAGAUUUUGAGUUUACUCUUUGGUUUUUGUGUUUGUUUUGAUUUUUUUUACAUUUACAAAUUGACAAAUGUUUCAGAUUUCAAUUUGGUGAUUUUCGGAUCUUCUCAUCUACUGAUCUUCGGUUCAGACUGUUUCAUAUGAAAGCUUAAGCAGAAAACCCGGACACUGAGAGAGAGAAAGGAUGAUUUCUGGCUCUAGUGCGAGGUUUAAAUGUCAUCUCAACGUGUGAGAAAUGCGCAUACACACAGUAAUAUAAUUGGAUGCUGUCAAAUUGUGGUGUUGGGGACCAGUACAGUUUGAGUUUUUGUUUCAGGAUACAGGAUAAUGGCCAAAGAAGACUUCAUAUUAGUGUGGGUUAUUUAUAGACCGACCUCUCUUCAUUCUCUGGUCAGGCUCGCUUUUGUACACAAGGCUUUUUGGGGGAUUGCAUGGAACGCGAAUAUACUUAGCUGGGGAUAUAAAUAAGAAGCUGUGCAUAUUCAUUUUUUUUUUAUUUUUUUAUUCAGUAAUUUCAGUCAUUUUAGAUACGCGACUUCAUAAAAAUACGUGUGUAACCUAACCAUCAAUUGUAAUUUACCUUCCCUUAAUUGUAGAACCUGUACUAACUAAUACAGCGUACAAUGCCUAGAUUAACACUUACGUGGCUCCAUGGCGUAAGAUGGGGCAGCACUGGCGUUUCCCGCUAGAGUAUAUAUAGGCUACUGAAUUUCUGCAGCUGCAGCGUCUGGUAUCUCUGUGCUCAUGGUCCCAUUGUUUGCCUUGUGUUUGGUACACCGUUGUAGGAACAGCAUGCUAUCUAAAGGGUGGUUUUUAGCACAAAAAUGCCUUGCUUGGUUUGUUCAGUCACAGUGCACCAAAUGAAGCCACAGCAUCGUGGAUUACAGAGGCCUGCUGAGGUUUUUCUUUUUCUUGUAUUAACAGCAGUUGCUUAGUGUAGAGAAGUGUCUUGAGGAGUUUAACCUGUGUUGCUAUUGCUCGUUUUAAGACUGUUGGUUUUACGUGUUAAUUUAUUUAUCUUGCAAGGGCAUAAAAAUACGUGAAAAAGAUGCGUAUGCUUGGCCUGAACGACAGUUAUUCUCAACACUCGCGGGCGGGAGGGGGAACACAAGCAGCUGAAUCGCCUUGGUUUGCCUUUCUGCUUGGCUACUGUAUCACAGAGACCUGGUCGUGUACUUUCUCUCAUCACUAUGGUCACACUACUUAUGACCUCUCUCUUUCUCUCUCUCCCUUUCAACUGUAUGCUCUUUGUGUAGAUGUAAGAAUAUAGCCUGAGUGGGUGUAUAGUUGCUGAAAGAUAUCACUGCUAACACAUGCACGCACGCACAUACACACUUUCAACUGUACACUUUCAGACGCCGCCAGUACACGCACCUGUCAGCUAGCUCGUUUUACAAUGUUAGCGUUUGGCAUUAUUUGGAUAUGUACGUAUUUAAUUACGAGAAGCGACUCUCCUGAACAGUUCUACCACGUGUCGUCACCAACUGAAAACUCAGCUGUGUGCUAUUCUGAAGUGUGUUUGUCUAUUUGAAAUAUGCUGUCUACUAGUGUUUAGCGAAGUUUGUGUGGAAAAAAUGUCUUAUUAUCUGCUGUAAAAAAGGAAGGCUAAAGAAAGACUGAAUAUCACAUGAAAUAAAAGAUAUUUCACCAAA